AUGUACGCCCAAAGACAGCUACCGUACGCGCCGACGCCGUAUAGCUACACUCCGACCUCUGCGCUUUCGGCCACGAUCAAUCUUGAUGAGGAAGUGAAGCUGUCCACCACCAGCACCGAGCGCGACCUUUACGAAUCAUUGGCCGAGAUCUACAGCAUCAUCGUCACUCUUGAUGCUCUCGAGAAGGCCUAUCUGAAGGACUCGAUCCACGAAAAUGAAUACACCGACACUUGCAGCCGUCUCUUGAAGCAGUAUAAGUCCAACCUUGCCAAUGAGGCAGUGUCCAACGCAUUCGUGGACCUGGACGCUUUCAAGCGUCAGUGGGAUCUUGACUGCCCCCGCGCAACCGAACGCCUCAAGGUCGGCAUCCCAGCCACGGUCGAACAACCCUCUCACAGGCCCGCUGCCCCUGGCAACGACACGGCGGAUGCGACCUUGGUUGUCUCUGCCACGGAGAACUUCAUCACGCUCCUAGAUGCCAUCAAAAUGGGCCUGCUGUCCAAGGAUGUGCUCCAUCCGAUUCUAGGUGACAUCAUCCAAUCCGUCAACAGGGUCACGGACAAGGAAUUCGAGAACAAGGGCAAGAUCAUCCAGUGGUUGAUCACUCUGAACCAAAUGAAGGCGGCCGACGCACUGUCCGAGGACCAGGCGCGCGAGUUCCAUUUCGACAUGGAUCAGGCAUACUACGGCUUCAAGGAUGUCUUGAAAUAG